GAAAUAUAACCACAACCAUAUGACCACCAUGAAACCAGGCAUGAUGGGCUGACAUGAUGAACAUGAACGACACCGACUGCUCCAUGCCAGGCAUGAUGAUGUAUUUCCACACAGGAACAUGUGAAUAUGUGUUGUUUGAGAAGAUUAUUAUAAGCAAUGCUGGACAGAUGGGCGGAGCUUGUGUUGUGAUAUUUUUCCUGGCCAUGCUGUACGAGGGGCUGAAGUGUCUCCGAGAGUACCUCAUCCAGAAAAACCAUGUCGGGACCAAGUACUACAACACAACUCUCCCAGCUGGAUCAUCGAAAGAAAACAUGGUCAUGGAAUCGAAGGAAACGGUCCAUGGGAAGAUGCUGAGUGGCAGCCACUUCCUCCAGACGAUCCUCCACAUGGUGCAAGUGUUUGUAAGCUACUGUCUCAUGCUUGUCUUCAUGACGUACAACGUUUGGCUGGGGCUUGCCGUCAUUCUUGGAGCGGGGGCUGGAUAUUUCUUCUUCGGCUGGAAAAGAGCAGUUGUUGUGGACAUUAAUGAACAUUGUCAUUAAAACUUAAACACCAAGUAGAGUAUUCCAGAACUUAAUUUUGUAUAUUUUGUCAAAAAACCCAAACUUAUACAUCUUUGUGAUAAAAUCGAAAGCUUGUAUCAAAACUGAAUACAAGAGAGUUGCAAGAGUUGUACACGUUGUACUAAUGUGAUUAGGUAUUUUAAGUGUGUAUCUUCCAAGGAACUGUCUAUUUGGGCAACAUUAUAUUGUAAUGAUGUUCAGAUGUUUUUGGAAGGGUUUGCCUGGUUGGUUUGUAGUCAGAUUCAGUUUCAUAUAUUUUGUAAGUUUAUAGAGAUUUAAUUUUGAUAAUUGUCUCACAUAAUGCUGUUAAAUUCUGAACAAGAACACUACAUUUUCUUAAAUGGUACUUUAGUAGUAACAAGUGGGAUAAAGGCAUGAAACAAUACUCCCGCAAUGUUUGAAUUGGAACAGUUGCAAAAAAUGUAUGUACAAAAUCAAAUUUUGAUAUUAAAACAUCAGGGUUUUGUCUUUUUUCAUAAAAAACAGGAGAACGACUCUAAAUAUUAAAACUUUAAGACCACACACACACACACAUACACGCAAUACAAUCUAUUUUUUGGACAUUACACAUUCAGUUGUUCUUUUAACAUGAAGGUCCUUGACGAAAGUCUUCGAAGCAAUGAUGUCAUUUAUUGUAUUGUAUGUAAUAUAUGUGAAUGAACUAAUGAUCUGUCAACUCAAAUGUGGCGUUUUAUAACAAACAAGCAAACGUGUGACUUGUGUCUUUCAGGGGUUUCUACCAAACAGAACAGGAUAUGACAUAACCCAUAGAUUAAUGCAAUUGACCCAGUUGUCAAAAUUACAUCCCUUGAAAUUACCUAAAUUUCAUCUGUAUGUGCAUACACAAUGCCAUGUAGAAAGUGGUCAAAUGUAACACAUUAUAUUUGGGAUUACACUUACAGAAACUUACGGGCGACGUUGGCCAAGUGCUUAAAGCGUUCGCUCGUAACACCGAAGACCCGGGUUUGAUUCCCCACAUGGGUACGAAGCCCAUUUAUGGUGUCCCCCGCCAUGAUAUUGCUGGAAUAUUGCUUAAAGCGGCUUAAAACAAUACUCACUCACGACAGAAGGUUACAUCUGUGUGACUGUGGGU